AUGGGCUCCAUCGCCGCCAACCCCGUCGUCGCCGACAUCGACAUCACCAACGGCGCCACCAACUGGCUCUGGGUCGUCUUCGCCAUCAUGCUCAGCAGCUGCGUCGGCGUCGGCGCCCUCUCCUUCACGCAGAACCCCGGCCGCCGCGCCUUCCACUACAUCAGCAUGGCCAUCCUCGCCACGGCCUCGAUUGCAUACUUCUGCCUCGCCUCGGACCUCGGCGCCACGCCCAUCCAGGUCGAGUACCUGCGCGGCUACCCCGCCGCGACGGCGACGCGCAGCAUCUGGUACGUGCGCUACAUCGACUGGGUCAUCACGACGCCGCUGCUGCUCCUCGAGCUGCUCCUCGUCUCGGGCCUGCCGCUCUCGGCCGUCUUUGCCUGCGUCUUCGCCGACGAGGUCAUGAUUGUCACGGGCCUCAUCGGCGCCCUCGUGGCGUCGAGCUACAAGUGGGGCCUCUUUGCCUUUGGCUGCGCCGCCAUGCUCGUCGUCUUCUACAUCCUCUACGUGCCCGGCCUGCUCAGCGCCAAGCACCUCGGUGGCGACUACUACAAGAGCUACUUCCAGGGCGCCCUCGUGCUCAGCAUCCUCUGGACGCUCUACCCCAUCUGCUGGGGCCUGGCCGAGGGCGGCAACGUCAUCAGCCCCAACGGCGAGCUCAUCUUCUACUCGAUUCUCGACAUCUUUGCCAAGCCCGUCUUUGCCAUGGUGCACCUCUUCGGCCUGCGCCGCAUCGACUACGAGCGCCUGCAGCUCAGCUCGGGCAAGUACAGCGAGUUCGCCCAGGUGCCCGGCUCGCUCGAGAAGGGCACCACGGCCCACGACAGCCACCUGCGCGCCGGCACGCUCAAGGAGGCCGAGGCCAACGCCGCCCACGGCCACACCGGCACGGCGCAGCCCGCGCCCGCCGUGCGCCCGAGCAACGACGGCACCGUCGCCUAA